AUGUCUGUGUCUCACAUUGCCAUUGGGACCAUGUUGGCGCCCAUUUGCAAAGAGCACCUUCCUUGUGAUGCCCAGUCCCUCUUCAAAUCUGGCUAUCCAGAAGACCCAACCUCACAUUUCAUGUCUGACCUCUUCCCAUUGGAAGGACACAGAAAGUUCCUCAAUCCAACUGAUUGGACACCCAUUGGACCCUUCCCUCGUGCACUCGACUUCUUUGGUGACGGCAGCCUCUACAUUGUUGACUCCCCUGGGCACCUCGUGGGGCAUGUCAAGAUCCUUGCCCACACGUCGUCCGACAGUGGGGUGAUCUAUCUUGGGUGGAUCUAUCUUGGCGGGGACAGUGCACACCACUGA